ACGUGGAAGAUGUUAGGCCAUGACGCUUAGCGCCGGCAAGGAAUCCGGGUUCCGCUUCCGUUCCCGCCUCAACCCACCUGGGCAGCGUUCUGGUAGCGCCUGGGCGUCUUGCUCUCAAGAUGCGAUCUUCGCACUGGGCUUAUCCCAAAAACGUCUCGUCUAGGACACUGUUCUCAAUAUAAAGAUCAUCCAUUGUCUUCCGGGCUAGCGGUAUCUAGGUAUCAUCGAAAAACGCGAUGGACACGAACAGCUCUGUGAUCAUAGUGGGCGCCGGCGUGUUUGGCUUAUCAACAGCACUGGAGUUAAUUGGCAAAGGAUAUAAGAAUAUCACAAUCCUGGAUCGACAUGUGCCUCCAGUACCGGAUGGCUCCAGUGUCGACAUCUCACGCGUAAUUCGAUUCGACUAUCGAGAUCCAGUGUAUGCUAAGCUUGCAAAAGAAGCAUUCGAUGUCUGGCAUACUCAUCCAAAGUUCCGCGGAAUCUUCCACCAUGGCCCAAAUGCUUUCAUUGCAAGCAAGGCGUACGGGCGGACGCACCUCAAGAAAUGCACAGAUGCUCUCGACGGUCUCCAUCACCCUUGGAAGCCAAUGAUAAACCAAGAAGCUAUCAAGACCGAAUUUCCAAUUCUGUAUGGUGAUACAGUUCACUCGAACCUAUCCGGAUACAGCAACAGUAGCUCUGGUUGGGCUGACGCUCAAAAGGCGAUCACUACACUUCGUAACGAGUGCAUUGAGGGUGGCGUGUCAUUCAUCUGCGGUAGAAAAGGUACCGUUGUUGCUUUCAAAAAGGACAAGACAACAAAUAAGAUCGUUGCUGCAGAAACGGAGGGUGGUCAUGAGAUACAAGGGGACUACUUUGUUCUCUCUGCUGGCGCUUGGUCGACAAUGCUUGCUCCGAUGUAUAACUCAACAAUCUCCACCGCGCAGGUCCUAGCAUUUAUCAAUCUGUCAGAAGCGGAGAUGGAUACAUAUAAGAACCUGCCGCUCUACAUAGACUAUGACUCCGGAUGGUUCUGCUUCCCACCCCACCCCGAAGCUCGAGUGCUGAAGAUCGCCGUCCAUGGCUGGGGUUAUACUCAUACUCGAAGUACCGGCCAGAACGACCUUUCGUUCCCACCAACAGCCAUCCGAAGCAAGCGCACCGAUUUUGCGCCCCCGGACGGUAUCUCACGGUUGCGCUCGGGUUUGAAAACAAUUCUUCCGUCUCUUGCAGACCGCCGCUUCGACCGCGUUGCUGUGUGCUGGUAUAACGACACGCCCUCUGGCGAUUUUAUCAUCGACUACCACCCAGACCACUCAAAUCUCUUUCUUGCAACAGCUGGAAGCGGCCACGCGUUCAAAUUCUUGCCAACUUUAGGGAAAUAUGUAGUGCAGGGAUUCGAGCGGAGGCUCCCAGCGGACUUGAAGAAGAAAUGGCGGUUCAGAAUGGAUUACAAGGAUCAGCAAAGUGCAUUUCAUGGCGAUGGGAGCCGUGGGGGACCGGCGCGGCGCGAAUUCACGCCACAAGAAAAAGCGCUGCUAUGAUGGUGCAUCUUUGCCUUUGAUUAUGAUUAGUUUGGGCCUAAUUGUAUUUGACUUGACGAUGAAAUACAGGUUGUCAUCGCGAGCCUUAUUCUUUCCAAAUUGUGAUCUAUAGAUGCGUGGGAUCAUAUCUAGUCCACCCUUUGAGCCGAUUGACUCCACGAGCUUCAAACAGACAGCUAUGACGGC